AUGAGUAGCACUUCGACGCCAAAACGUAAAAAUUCAUCAUUAUCAUGUGGGGGUGAUGGUGGCAAAAAGCCAAAGCGUAGCCGGUUAUUAUUACCUAUGGAAGAAGCUGAUCAAAGAGGUAACGCGGAAGGAGGAGAAGGUACUCCAAAGGAAGGUAGCCGGUCAUUAUUAUCGGGAGAUAACGGGGGAGGAGGAGAAGUUGCUCUGAAGAAAGGUCCGUGGACAAGGGAAGAGGAUGAAAUUUUGGUAGAUCAUAUUAAGAAGUAUGGAGAGGGAAAGUGGAAGGCAGUCCAGAAGAAUUCAGGACUUGCUCGCGAUGGGAAAAGCUGUCGUCUACGAUGGUCGAAUCACUUGAGGUCAGGACUGAAAAGGGGUGCAUUUACUGCUGAAGAAAAACACAAAAUCCUUGAGUUCCACUUUCUGAAGGGAAGCAAGUGGACUCAAAUGGCUGCAUUGUUGCCGGGACGUACCGAUAACGAGAUAAAGAACUUUUGGAACGCAAGAUAUAGGAAACGGCAACGAGCAGGCUUACCAAUCUAUCCUAACGAGAUAACAUCUAAAUAUUCGUUUAAUGGAAGUCAAGAAAGUGCUGACACAUUGGCAAAUGAACCCAGCCAGCAUGAUGAAACAGAAAACUUCAACUUGGAUAUAACUGACUUGGACCUUAAAUAUUUCAAAUUCCACCCAGAUAUGUUGCCGUCAUAUUUUGACACACAAGAUUACAAACCAAUAAGUGACUUGGUUGGACGGUGCUCAGAUUCGUCUCAUAAUACCUUACCCAUGCAUAGAGCAGCAGUAGUGCGGCGCAGAUAUUUGAACAGUAGCAGUAGUGCUGCUGUCCUGGAAGUAUUUGAUCAGUAUGGCAAAUAUCCUAUAUUGUCUACUCCAUGUGAUCCGAUUCUUAACACAUGCCUUCUUCAUGGAUAUGAUAAUCCUAUAACUGGUUUUCAUGCCGCGUCAAAUAUCUCUUCUUCUGAGCCCAUAUAUGGGUCCAUGAGUUUUGAGCUCCCUUCAUUCCAAAACUCACAGACUCAACAGUGUACCUGGAGCGGCAUGUAUGUGCCGCCACUUACCUCAUUUGAGUCUGCUGACACGCUGGUUCACGCUCCUCUGAUUGAGCCUUGUCCGUCCGUUCCAGUUUCUUCGGAUUGCAGUCAUUUAAUUGAUUCAUCAGUAUACUACAAUUCAGAUCAAAAUUUGCAAGGCGCAAGUAUUGAUUCAUUGCAAGCAAAUACUGAUAGCACAGCUCCCAAUGAAGCAGACAUUAGUACACAAUGGAAUGGAAGCAACUUCUUAAGAUGGACCCGCCCCGAAAUUGAAACCACUCAGAAUUAUGAUAUUUACGGCGGUGCAUUUAAUGAUCAGCUUCCAGCUUAUUGUUCUUUUGGCGAAGAAGAUAAUUUGAAUCAGAAAGAGUUGGCGCUUCCAGAUGCUGUGCUUGACUCUGGCUGGCAUUGA